CAUGUGUGUGGCAUGAGGGAAUAAGGCGGUGGUGGGUGUGUCUGUGCUCUAUAAAUGCCACAUGCACGUUCCCCAGGUGUCAUAACGAAAUUGAAUAAUUUCCAUCUUUCCAAAUCCACAGAUAUUUUAGCGGGACAUGGCGCUCCUUACCAAUUUAGCCGUCUUGCUGGUUAUUUCCUGCAUAUCUCAGGAGUUUAUGGUUGCUAAAUGUCAAGGAUCCAAAAAAAGCGGGAUGAAGGAGAAAGAAAAAGGGGAACCAAUUGACAGAGAGCAACCAAAGCCCUCCGUCCCGUCUCCAGCGAAUAAAGACAGCAGCCCCAGAGGAAAGGGUGUUUUCAAGGGCAAAUUCUCCACCAAAGACCAGACGCAGUGCACUUGGGUUGCGACAGGUGAUGAUGCCUUUGUGCUUGACGUGAACUGCAAAAAAGGGGAAACAAGUUUCGACUGCAAAUAUGUGGCCAAACCAGCCACUUGCCCUGGGUACGAGUCCAACGCCAAAGCCUACUGGAAACAGAUUACGCGUGCUCUAAAGAAACAGAAGAAAUUAUGCUUGGACUCCACCGCUUUGAUUAAAGCAGGAAUGUGCAGAAAAGCUCCUAAGGAAGCCCAUUUCAAACUUAACAAUACACCCAGAGAUGUUGUUGUUCCAAGGACUACCAUUCAGACACAUUCUUCUCCUUAUGUUUCCCCAUCGGGUGCCAAAUCUUGCACAGUUGAUAAGAAGAGACUGGCGGAAGAAUAUUGCGCCGGUUCGUGGUCGAGUUUGUGUACUUUCUUUUUCUCCAUGGUCCAGAAUGAUGAUUGUUGAACGUAAAAGAAAUGCGUUGUCAUAAACAAACUAAUUAACACUUGUUGCUAUUUCUAAUCGCGAAUAUGAAUGUAUUUUGAUGGAUUGUGAGGAGAACCUAGUUUAAAGACAGAUUGUUGAGUACAUUUACAUGCACACUAAUAAUUUGAUAUGAAACUGAUUAUGGCAGUAGGCGGACUUUACAAUAGUCACUCAACCCCCUUACCUUGUUUGUUUUCGCCGUAAAAUCCUAAUCUAAGACAACAUACACACAUUGUUUUCUGAGCAAUCUUUCGAAUUAUUAGGACAUGUAUACACCUUUACUCGGUGUUCCAGCGGUAUAUUUGAUCUGUGAAUGUGCUAGCACCAGCCGAUCGAGCCUCCCUUUUUAGUGUGAGCGGAGUGUGUUUGGAACAACUGAAUGUAUGCAUCUUAGAAGUAGUUUUCACAUACAAACUUUAUACGUUCGAAUUCAGAAUCAAAUAUUAUUCCCAAAAAUAAAAUGUCCGCUGUGGUAGAACGUAUAUUUUGAUUGACGAUUUGCUGCAUUUAUCAGUGCCAUCGGGUAGCCCUAUUUCAGAUGUGUCCAUGUGAACAUGAUUAUUAGGGAAUUCGUUCUUCUUGCAAAGCAUGUAAACGGUUUAAUCGAACCAUUAUAUUAAUAUGACUAACCACAAUAAUCACAUUAUCGUGUGCAUGUAACCGCACUCAUACCAUCCAUACCACUUUUCCCUUUGAAAUGUUUUUGCUAGGUGUUGUAUUCAUUGUAAAGCUACAGUAGCCUACUUAAUAAAUAUUUUGUAUACUA